AUGACAAGUUCCUAUGUCUACGAACAACAUAUACCUGGGUUUUACUUGUUAAGAAGUCGUCAAGGCAAGGAUAGUACUUGUUCUAUGAAAAUUCCUUCAAAACUAAUAACCCAAUUUUACCUUCUGCAGAAGAUCAAGGCUGGCACCACCAUUGCAAAGAUACUGCUUCUGGCUUUGGCAGUUUGUCUGGCUCAUGCUCUUAAUGAGCUUGAAGGAGACUGGGUUAGCAUUGCCAUAGCUGCUGACAAUGUUGAGAAGAUAGAGAACCAGGGAACUAUGAGACUUUAUGCUCGUCAAAUUACUUGUAAUGAGGAAUGUGAUAAUUUGGAAAUCACAUUUUAUGCAAAUUUAAAUGGCCAAUGCUCAGAGACAACAGUUAUUGGGUACAAGCAAGAAGAUGGCAGCUACAGGACCCAAUAUGAAGGAGACAAUGUAUUUAAAGCCGUGGUUAUAACCAAAGAUUUCCUUGUAUUUAGCAGUAAUAAUGUGGAUAGAGAUAGAAUGGAAACACACCUGCUUUUUUCUCUUGAUAAGUAUGAUA